UUCUUUGUGUUGUUUUUUAUUUUUCACCGAUAUCGAGCUACUGUAUAUGUGUGUGGUAAUAUGGCAGAAGCCAGUGUUCCUUUGGUUCAGGAUCAGUUUAUCUGUUCAAUCUGUCUGGAUCUACUGAAGGAUCCAGUGACUAUUCCCUGUGGACACAGUUACUGUAUGAGCUGUAUUACAGACUGCUGGGAUCAGGAUGAUCAGAAGAGAGUCUACAGCUGCCCUCAGUGCAGACAGACUUUCACUCCAAGACCUGUUUUAGGUAAAAACACAAUGCUGGCUGAAGUGGUGGAGAAACUGAAGAACACUAAACUACAAGCUGCUCGUCCUGAUCUCUGUUAUGCUGAACCUGGAGAUGUGGAGUGUGACGUCUGUACUGAGAGAAAACACAAAGCUGUCAAGUCCUGUCUGGUGUGUCUCAGCUCUUACUGUCAAAAUCAUUUUGAGCGUCAUGAAGAACUUCACUCUGGAAAGCGACACAAAGUGAUUGAUGCCACUGGACGACUACAGCAGAUGAUCUGCCCUCAACAUGAUAAACUUUUAGAGAUUUACUGUCGUGCAGAUCAGUGCUGUAUAUGUUAUCUGUGUAUGGUGGAUGAACACAAAAAACAUGAUACUGUAUCAACUGCAACAGAGAGAUCUGAGAAUCAGAAACAACUGAAGCAGAUACAGAGUAAAUACCAACAGAAAAUUCAGGAGACACAGAAGAAGCUUCAGAAGCUGAGAGAGGCUGUGGAGACUCAUAAGUGCUCUGCUCAGGCAGCAGUGGAGGACACUGAGAAGAUCUUUACUGAACUGAUCCGCUCCAUUGAGAGAAGUCGCUCUGAGAUGAUAAAGCUGAUCAGAGUUCAGGAAAAGGCUGCAGUGAGUCGAGCUGAAGAACUCUUGAAGCGUCUGGAGCAGGAGAUUGAUGAUCUGAGGAGGAGAGAUGCUGAGCUGGAGCAGCUUUCACAAACAGAUGAUCACAUCCAUUUCCUCCAGAGUUUUCAGUCUGUCUGUGUUUCGCCUGGAUCUACAGACUCACUCAGUUUCACUGUCAGUUCUCGCCUCUCUUUUAAUAAUGUAACGAAGCAUGUGUCCCAUCUGAGAGAUAAACUGGAGACUUUUUGCAUAGAGGACACAAAACAUAUAUUUGACAGAGUAAUGUGUACUGAGAUUAUUCCCACCCCUAAACCCGUGACCAGGAAACAGUUCCAACGAUAUUAUCGGCAGUUCACUCUGGAUCCAAACACAAUGCAUCAACGUCUGUCUGAGAAGGGCAGAAUGAUUACUAACACUAGAAAAAUCCAGCCGUAUCCUGAUCAUCCAGACAGAUUUGAUAGUUAUUAUCAGGUGUUGUGUAGAGAGAGUGUGUGUGGACGCUGUUACUGGGAGGUUGAGUGGAGUGAGGAUGUGGAUAUAUCAGUGUCAUAUAAGAGCAUCAGCAGAAAGGGACGGGGUGAUGAGACUGUGUUUGGAUAUAAUGAUCAGUCGUGGAGUUUGUCAUGCUAUGACUCCAGUUACUCCUUCUGGCACAGAAACAAAGAGACUGAACUCCCUGUUAUGUCCAUAUCUUCUAGAAUAGGAGUGUAUGUGGAUCACAGUGCAGGAACUCUGUCCUUCUACAGCGUCUCUGACACAAUGACCCUCAUCCACAGAGUACACACCAUAUUCACUCAACCUCUCUAUCCUGGGUUUGAAGUGCGUAAAGGAUCAAAAAUAAAACUAUGUGAUGUAGUUUAAUAUAUUGUCCAGGGGUUCCACAAAUGAGAGUUACAGAGUAAUCUUAAUCUUAAUCGCUCUCCUCUCCAAUAGGAAAAUAUCCAAGGGAAAAUGUUGCUUUUUCAGACCUUUGGAGAGCUAAUGAAGUUAAUACUUUUUAUGAGAAAUAAAAAUAUAAACAAAUUAGACAAUUGAUAAGGAUGCAGCUGUUAAAUGAAUGUAGAUUUUAGAGGUAAAAUAUUAUAGAUUUGGGUACAUUUGAUGAGAAAUGGUAUUGUAAUCUUUAAUAUUAUAUUUUGCUUGCAGACUUGACAAAGUUGUUCUCUCAGUAUGUGACAUUGUUGAGAAACUAAUAGAUACAUUUGUGAGAUUUUCAAGCCAUUUUUUCAGGGGAAAUAGACGCAAACACAGGAUAUUCUAUCAAAAGCUUUAGUUUUCUCUCCAUUUCUGAUAUCUAGAAGAAUAAUUAAAAUAUUAGAUAUCUCAUCUUUGUUUUUUCUAUUUUAUGGGUUAAUGUCAAGUUAAUUCAUUUAUUUUGUGAUUGGAAAAAAAAACCUAGUGAUAUUAAGGUUUGAAUAAGAAAGAACUGCUCUUAUAUUUGUUUUAAUACACUUUUAUACACAUGCAUAUUUAAAAUAAAAUGAUUUACUUUUUGUUUGUUUAAAGUG